AUUGUUUUCCCUCCCUUCACAGAGUUUGUGAAGUUUAUAGGCGAAAUCAGCACCAUUCGAAACGACCCAGGUCUGAUAUAUGAAACUGCUACUAACUGGAAUCAAGGUCGAAAGCCUAGCACAGGCAAACCGCAAAAUGUGACGAACAAUCAUAAACCGAGAGGUCAGCAUAUCAUCUCUACACACAGAACUGAAAUCAGCCCUGGCAGCAUGAACGAUACCAAACGCACAUGUCUGAUUCACAAAGGCUCUAGACACACCAUCAAUCAAUGUAAAGCGUUUAAACACAAGAACUUACAAGAACGGAAGAAGAUAUUACGUGAUCAUAAUUUCUGUUUAAGGUGUUGUGAUACGUCAGAUCAUUUUGCAAAAAACUGUCAUGCAAAGAUUGAAUGUGACUUAUGCAAAUCAACCACACACAGCUCAGCUCUUCACGUUGAAAACCAUAGCUACCAAAAUGAGGAUGCUAACAAUUCCGAGAGAAAGCAUGGCGAGGAGGUUGUCAGGGCGCGAUGUACAGACAUCUGUGGAGUACCUAAUUUCACAGGUAAAUCUUGUGCAAGGAUUGUCCCAGUACGUAUAUAUCCUCACAAUCAACCAGAGAAUGCAGUCCUUUCCUAUGCGAUGCUUGAUGAUCAGAGCAACCGUACUCUAGGAAAAAGCUCGUUGUUCGAUCACUUCUCUAUUAACUCUUUACCGACGGAAUAUACCAUGGAAUCAUGCGCAGGAAAGUUGACAACUACUGGAAGAAUCAUCGAGGGUUUGAUAGUUGAAGGCAUUUAUGACAAAGUUCAACUACAGUUACCUCCUGUUUUGGAAUGUGAGAACAUGCCUGACAAUCAUGCAGAAAUUCCAACUCCCGACAUUGUUCUCCACUAUCCUCACAUGCAUGACAUAUCGGAUUAUCUGCUUCCAUACGACAAAUCUAUGCAUAUCAUGCUAUUAUUAGGUCGUGACUUACCUGAAGCUCACCACGUCAUCGAACAGAGGAUAGGCCCACCACGAUCACCCUUUGCACAAAGAUCGCCGUUAGGGUGGACUAUCAUCGGAAACGUGUGCUUAUCAGGUCAACACCAUCCGUCAUCAGUUGCUUCAUAUAGAACUUGUAUCACUAGGAAUGGUCGACCAACAGGCUUAGAACCAUGUGAACAGGUGGUUUGCAUUAGAAAAGCCUCAGUGUUUAAAGAAAAACACAACCCCACACAAACAACGUUGAAUGUGUUCGAAACCACUACUCAGGACAACAAACCAGGACUUUCUAUUGAAGAUCGUCAGUUUUUGAAUAUCAUGGACAGUGAAUUCCAACUAAGCGAGGAAGGAAAAUGGAUUGCCCCAUUACCAUUCCGUGAACCACAUGAUCACAUGCCAGACAAUUACAAACUUGCUCUGCAUCGUGCCAAGUCGUUAGAUGCAUCACUGCAUAAAAAUCAAACCAAGAAACAACAUUUUCUGGACUUCAUGCAGAAAUUAUUCGACAAUAACCACAUUGAGAUAGCACGUUAUGUUCCGCCGGAAAGAGAGCGUUGGUACCUCCCACUCUUCGGGGUCUACCACCCUCGUAAGCCGGAGCAGAUUCGUGGAGUGUUUGACUCCUCAGCCAAACAUAUGAAUGUCUCGUUAAACGACCAGCUUCUUCAAGGUCCAGACCUUAUCAACAACCUUUUAGGUGUACUCAUUCGAUUCAGGAAAGAAAUGGUCGGCGUAGUCGCAGAUGUUCAACAAAUGUUUCAUUCAUUUCUAGUACGAGAAGAUCACCGUGACUUCCUGAGAUUUCUCUGGCACGAAGACAAUUUGAUAGAAAAUCCCCUUGUCACUUACCGUAUGCGUGCACACGUUUUUGGCAACAAGUCUUCACCAUCUAUUGCUAUGUAUGGGUUACGGAGAAUUGGCGACUUGGCUGCCAAAACCCAUGGUGACGACAUCAAAGAGUUUAUCAAAAAUGACUUUUAUGUUGAUGACGGGCUCAGGUCUUGUCCUUCAAGCCAAGAAGCUAUCAACUUGAUCAGCAAAACCCAAGAUGCCAUGAAAAUGCAUGGAGGCCUACGUCUACAUAAGUUCGCUUCCAACAGCAAAGCUGUAAUGGACGCUUUCGAACCUGGAGAUCUAGCUAAAGGUAUCGUCGAUAUGGAUUUUGAAAAGGACACACCCACCCAACGAAGCUUGGGCUUGCUGUGGGAUCUAGGAUCGGACUCAUUUAAGUUUAGCAUCUCAACCGAAACUAAAACUACAACACGUAGAGGGAUCCUUUCUGUGAUCAAUAGUCUGUAUGAUCCUUUGGGAUUUAUCUCCCCGGUCACAUUGAACGGCAAACUAAUUCUCCGAAAGAUUGUAGCUUCCACAUGCGAUUGGGACGAUCCUUUGCCCGAUGAUUUGCUCACCGAAUGGAGCGCUUGGAGUCGUACACUAUCCAAACUAGAGAAUUUGCGUCUGCCUCGUGUCAUUGUACCAAAUCUCAGUACAGCUGUUUCCAAGGAACUAAGAAUCUAUUGCGAUGCUUCUGAACGUGCCAUCGCUGCUGUAUGCUUUCUGCAUGUAACAUACCCGGAUAGUUCAUGUUCUACUGGAUUUGUAUUAGGGAAAGCCAAGCUCGCUCCAUCAAGUUGUACUACCAUUCCUAGACUAGAACUUUGCUCUGCAGUGUUAGCAGUAGAAAUAUCACAGAAUGUAGUCGACCAUCUCCAGACUAACUUAGACAACAUUCAGUUCUUCAGUGACAGCAAAGUUACCUUGGGUUAUAUCCACAACAACACUAAGAGAUUUUAUGUAUAUGUUGCCAAUCGCGUUGCUAAGAUCCGCAGCUAUACGGAACCUUCUCAGUGGAAAUACAUUCGUUCAGAGAUGAAUCCAGCAGAUAUUGGAACCAGGGGGAUUCAGCCUAGCAAUCUUCAAGCAAGUGCUUGGUUACUCGGUCCAGCAGAUGAUGGUGAUUUACAUCGUUCUCCAAAUACGUUUGAUUAUAACCUAGUACAACCAGAAGAUGAUGUGGAGAUUCGUUCUCACAAAACUGAAGUUAAAGAAUUUGUACCAAGUGAAGGUCUUGGUUCAAAAGUGUUUGAGAAAUUUUCUGAUUGGAAUAGACUGAUUACUGCGUUGGCCGCAUUUCGUCGAAAGAUUCAGCAUUACAUCAGUUUGAAACGUCAAAAUAGUUCAAGAUGUAUGAGCGAUGUUGAAUUGCUACUUAAAACAGAACGUCAUGUCAUCAGAGAAGUCCAGUCAGUAACGUACUCGGAUGAGAUACGCUUGCUCAAGAACUCAAAACCUUUGAAUAGGUGUAGCCCUAUCGCGAGCCUUGAUCCAUUCAUUGAUGACCAGGGUCUUCUCAGAGUUGGCGGACGAUUAACAAAUCUGGGUUCCGACCUCUCCCUCAAAGCUCCUAUCAUCUUACCUGCCAAGCAUCAUAUCACUUUGCUCAUUGCUCGUAAAUGCCACGAAGAGAUUCAUCAUCAGGGCAGACAUCUCACAGAAGGCCAUAUUCGUUCUGCUGGGUUUUGGAUCGUAGGCUCCAAAAGACUCGUUUCUUCCAUCAUCCACAAAUGCGUCAUUUGUAGAAAGCUACGAAAAUCAACCGAAACACAAAAGAUGUCGAGCUUACCUGUCGAUCGUGUAACUCCCGGGCAGCCACCAUUUACGUCCGUUGGCGUUGAUAUGUUUGGUCCAUUUGAAGUUGUUACUAGAAGAACUCGGGGAGGCUCUGCGAACAGCAAGCGUUGGGGCGCUCUCUUCACGUGCCUUGUGACAAGGGCAGUGCAUUUUGAAAUAGUGGAAGAAAUGUCCACUUCCUCGUUCAUAAAUGCUAUGCGACGCUUUAUAGCAAUUCGUGGGGAUGUACUUUUGUUCCGCUCUGAUAGAGGAACUAACUUUGUAGGGACAGCAAAUGAGUUGAAGAUUGAUGUUGUCAAUGUAGAAGAUGGUCCAAUUCAUAAUUUCUUACUUCAACAUCGUAUUUCUUGGAUCUUCAACCCCCCACAUUCCUCACACAUGGGAGGAGUGUGGGAAAGGAUGAUUGGUGCGACCCGCCGUAUAUUAGAAGCUAUGCUCCUACAACACAAAUCCUGUCUUACUCACGAGGUGCUCUCAACAUUCCUUGCUGAAGUUAGUCAUAUCAUUAACUCAAGGCCAUUAGUCUCCGUGUCAACAGACCCCAACAAUCCAAUGAUCCUCACUCCGUCAACUCUACUUACACAAAAACUCGGAUUUGAAAAUCGUAUUUUAUUGGAUGUCGACAAAUUCGAUCGCAAUGACUUGCUUCGUAAACAUUGGAAAAGAGUCCAGAAUCUUGCCGCCAUAUUUUGGAAGCGUUACAAGGUUGAAUAUCUAAAUACCCUACAAAACCGCCGAAAAUGGACUGGGACCGAAAGAAACGCUUGUGUUGGUGAUAUUGUGUUAUUGAAAGAUUCAGAAUUACCACGCAAUUGUUGGCCUAUGGGAAUUGUUACCAAUGUCAUCCCAAGUUCCGACGACCUUGUGCGUAAAAUUCAAAUCAGAAUUUCUGUAGAAGGCAAACCAAAGACAUUUUUGCGUCCUAUAAGUGAAGUGAUUGUAUUACUAGAAAAUCAAAUGUGAAUCUCGUAAUUCAUGAUGUAAGGUUAAUCUUUAGAUACACUGAAAGACUGUAGCCAUGUUUUUGUUGUAUUUAGUUGCUUACUUAUGUGUUUAAAAAACAUGUAUAGUGUAUUUUCUUUUUGCAACUUGAUCAAAUGAUAUUUUCAAUAUCAGGCGAGGAGUGUGCCGGAACUCAAUCCGGAAUUUAUUCGUUAUAGUUCUAAUUUUACUCUCGCUUUUAUAUUUCCCGCGUGGAGAUCAGCAAGUUGUUUACCGAUGAAAUUUGGCUGUUUUGUCUCUAUCAGACGACAGUUUUUUCACCUGAUUGAAUAAAGGAAUCAUUACACUUUUGUUCAUCAUGUUAGCUGUAUGCAAACCUACCUAGAGGCAGCACAGCCCUUGCAAGUGGCGUAUUUCGUCGCACCUCAACGCAACUGGAGGAGUGCAACACAUAUUCACACAUUCCUACGCCCACUCCAUUGUUUAUCCUAUUGCACAUGUGUUGAAAAUUGAAAUUCAGGAUUUGAAUCAGUGCAAUUGACUUGAUUGAUAUUUAAUUGAUUGAUUGAUUAUUGCUUGAUUGAAUUUGAUUGAUACUUGAAUUUAUGACGUUCAUGCACUUAUGACCUAUCCAGUGCAUGAUCCGCCCGUAAUUGGGUCGUCACAUUUGUUGUAUUGAUUGUUGAUUGUGGGGGUGCCCUGUGGUAGCCCAAAUAGAUCAGCGCGGCCAGAAGCGCCAUAUUCAACAGGCAAAAUAUAAUUAACAUCUCUGUUGUUUGUUUGAUUUAUAGGGAAACUGAAAUAACACCACUUAUAUGAGCCUGGUCUCGGAUAAGUGAGUUUAUUUCAGUAACCCUAAUUAUAGUUAUAUAUAUCUAUUCCGAAUAAUUUACGUACAUUCGGAUAUAUAAAUGUCCACCCUUAGUCACAAGCUAUCAUUCCGGAAAAUUUAGAUCCAUUCGUAUACAGUCUAAAAUAAAUUGUUUUCUACCUCCUUUCUCGAAGAAUCGAUUAAAUUCUAAAGUCAUGGAAAAGGUUAGGAAAUUAAAUUGUGGCAAUAUUUUAAAAUUUACCCACCGACCCUCCUCUUGUUUUAGAACAAAUACUGCUGCUUUUUGUUAUGUAUUUGAAGCUGAAAACUGCCUGAUUGGUCCAGCUUCCACAGCAGCUUACGUCGUGGUGGUAAAUUACCUGUGUUCGCUAUACCGUAAAGACAACCUGCUUGGACUAGCACCUACAUCAGCCUAUAUUGCGAUGGUCAAUUUUGUGUGUUUGUGUAUUCCUUAGAGACAGCCUGAUUGGUCCAGCGUCUGCAUCAGCCUUUGUCGAGUUGGUGAAUUCUGUGUGUAUACGUACUCCGUGAUGACUGCCUCCUGCAUGGGUACAGCGUCCACAUCAGCAUAUGUCGCGGUUGGAAUUCUGUGUGUUUACGUAUUUCGCGAUGACUGCCAGCUGGGUAAAGCGUCUACUUCAGCCUAUGUCGCUGUUGGAAUUCUGUGUAUUUGCGUAUUCCGUCGCACCUCAACCACAGAAAGAAACAAGAUUUUCAGUUUAAACUGACAGGCGGCUUUCAGUGACUUUUCAAUGGCCAUUCAGGCACUGAAUGGCAGGUACAUUUCCGUGACCUUUCAGUUACCUUUCAGCCGCAAUUCAGGUACCUUUCAGUCACCAUUCAGCGGACACAUUUCAGUUAUCUUUCAGUGACCUUUCCGUCGUCUUUCAGUGAUUUUUCCGUUGUCUUUCAGUGUUCUUUCCGUCUUUCAGUGACCUUUCCGUCAUCUUCCAGUGACCUUUCAGUCGUACUUUAACGACCUUUUCAUCGGCCUUUUAUUAAUUUAUCAGUUAUUAUUCCUUAAAAUUUUUAAAUAAAAUUAUUAAUACAUCUUUAAA